AUGUCUUUGGCAUCUCACAGUCCCGAUGAGGCCGUACGGGCCUCCGCGAAACGCACCGCCGACCUCUUCGGCACAGAUUACCUGAUGGUCAACCCGACGACAUUGACAGACGAAUCUAUCGGUAUUUCCUACAGACGGAGAGCCGAAUAUGAUGAUGUGAAAGAAUUGCCUCGCGCACUGGCGGAGGUGCAAGCAAAAGCCGCUGCAGGACGAUCAAAACGGCCUAAGAUCCAACAACAGGCGCAGCAGGGUGCUGGUGACGGAAGCGGUGCUUCGAUGUCGCUUGUGAAGCGGCCCGCAGGAGCAGGCGCAGGCGCAGAAGGCAGUGCGGACCAGCCUAAGAGUUUGAUCCAGAGACCUUCCGCGACGAAGCAACAGAAGCCGGAGUGGCACGCGCCUUGGAAGCUGAUGCGUGUGAUUUCGGGUCAUUUGGGAUGGGUGCGAGCUCUUGCAGUAGAGCCUAACAACCAGUGGUUUGCCAGUGGUGCGGGAGAUCGAACAAUUAAGAUCUGGGAUUUGGCUACUGGUAAUCUUCGUCUUACCCUGACUGGUCAUAUUUCUACUGUCCGUGGAUUGGCAGUGUCGCCGCGGCAUCCAUACCUUUUCUCGUGUGGAGAGGAUAAGAUGGUGAAGUGCUGGGAUUUGGAAACCAACAAGGUCAUUCGUCACUACCAUGGCCACUUGAGUGGUGUAUACACUUUGGCCCUGCACCCUCGUCUCGAUCUACUGGUCACUGGUGGUCGUGACGGUGUGUGUCGUGUGUGGGAUAUGCGUACUAGAAGCAAUGUUCACGUCUUAGCCGGUCACAAGGGCACUGUUGCGGAUAUUAAGUGUCAAGAGGCCGAUCCACAGGUUAUCUCCGGGUCCCUCGAUGCAACGGUGCGUCUUUGGGAUCUGGCUGCAGGUAAAUCUAUGGGUGUCUUGACACAUCACAAGAAGGGUGUCCGAGGACUGGCCACUCAUCCUUCCGAAUUCACAUUCGCCAGUGCCAGCACCGGAAGUAUCAAACAAUGGAAGUGCCCUGAAGGUGCCUUCAUGCAGAACUUCGAAGGCCAGAAUGCCGUCAUCAAUACUCUUUCUGUCAACAAUGAGAAUGUCAUGUUUUCGGGUGGUGACAAUGGUUCUAUGUCUUUCUGGGACUGGAAGACUGGUCACCAAUUCCAGUCUAUGGAUAGUCAGGCCCAGCCUGGCUCACUGGAAGCCGAGGCGGGUAUCAUGGCUUCUACAUUCGAUCGCACAGGUCUACGUCUCAUUACUGGUGAGGCCGAUAAGACUAUCAAGGUCUGGAAGCAGGAUGAACAAGCUACGCCUGAGAGCCACCCCGUUAGCUGGGCUCCUUCUCUAGGCAGGCAGCGGUAUUAG